AUGAAGAAUGGUCCCGUGUCUAGCCCAAUACUCGACAACGAACACGACUUCCACGGACCCGAUAAUACCACUUCUCCUUUAGGCGCUCGCUCCCGCAGGCCUUUUGCAAAAUUGACCAAUAUCAUGAGUACCUUGGAGUCUGGCAAGAACAAGCUACAGCACGGCACCAAGGCGCUUUCAAGGUCCAUGUCACAGAUCUCUCGUUUCUCCGAUUUGAGCGUGUUUGAUACACCCAACUCCCGUAUGCGAGAUCUUGUGGAUGGAGAAGGUGAAUCUACCGAUGAAGAUACCGGUAAUGAUACUACUUUGAAUGAUGACGACUUCCUUUGUUCCCCACUGUAUAAGAACCGAGGCGAAAGAAAAGUACCCCAGCAGGAACCUCCGCAGGAUUUCCAUAUCAGAAGAACCCAAUCGUGCCUUCAGGACCCUGAGCUUGCCGAUAGGUUCGAUGGCAGUGAAUUGCUUCCCCUGACUCGUCUUCAGACGUUUAAGGUUUCCCAGGACUUGUUGCCUAGAAUUGAUGAACAUGAAAUGCAUAAGAUCGUCUCGGGUCAGUAUGACUCCGAGUUCGACGACUACAUUGUCAUUGACUGCCGCUUCCCUUAUGAGUUUGACGGGGGCCACAUUGUCAAUGCCAUCAACAUAUCUUCCAAGAAUGAUUUGGAGAUGCGCUUUAUCAACCACCGUCUGCUGGAAAGCCGGAAACGUCUUUUGAUCUUCCAUUGCGAGUACUCCAUCUUUCGUGGUCCUACCAUGGCUGGCCAUUUACGUAAGGCCGACCGCAUCUUCAACUCUGACAACUACCCAAGGCUACUCUACCCUGACAUUGUUGUGCUCGAAGGAGGCUACAAGAAAUUCUUCGACUCACACAAGGAGUGGUGUGUGCCUCAGGCCUACGUUGAGAUGAAAGAUAUCAAGCAUAAGAGAGCCUGUGAGGUUGAAAUGAGUAAAGUCAUUCAGGCCUCCAAGCUCACCAGAGCACGCUCAUUCAACCAAUUCCAACUGCAUUCUUCUAGUCAUUCACGUUCCUCGUCGUUCACUGCACUCCUUACUUCGACUGAGCAGAAUCUCACUUCCCCUGGCCUUCCCACGUCGCUUAGCACUAGCCAAGUGCCCAGACGUAAAGCAGCAUCGAAAGUCCACAAGAGACAAGACCGGAGGGAACUCAGGCUUCACCUUUCCCAGCCUCAAAUCAACUGGCCUUCUCAUCUGUCAGAGUCUCCAACGACUUCUGACUUCCCUUACGGUUCUUCGUCAUGCUUCGACGAUGAUGCUUUCGCUCCUCCUUCGGCUCUAUUCAGGGAACACAGUAAGAAUCUGUCAAUUCUGCUGGGCUCGAUCCACUCUUCAGCGCUGCUGGUCUGUUCUGAAAACUACUCCUCCGCAUUUACAUCAACCGAGUCUUUGGCGUCGUGUUCUUCACCUUCCGCCGAUUCUCCCGAAUUCUUCGAUAGUACCACAUCAAACGAGCCCCAACCUCCCAAUCUUUCGCUUAGCAAUGCUACUCACAUGUUUGCUUCCCCUCUGAACUCGCCAUAUCUGUUCCCAGUCACUGGCUCUAAUUCAGGUAAACCAAAGAGGCCUUCAUUACAAAGACCGGUGUAUCGUACUCCAAGACCAUACGUUAAUAUGUCUUCGCCCACGACGAGCUCACCGCUCACGACUACUACACCAGGUUCAGUUUUUGACUCUUGGCCACCGAUUUCCCAUUCUGAUGCAAUCAAUGAUACACCGCUUUCAUUUUCCUUGAAACAAAGCACGCCCGAAAACAGCGUAUUCAACAAGUUGUCAUCACGGGUCCAACCUGAAUCAGAGAUCAACGAGGAAGAUGAAGAGUUUGCCUGA